AAUUUGCAUAGUUCCCCCUGAAAAACUUCCCCCUUGGCCCCAAAUUCCAAACCCAACCCCAUUUGCCCACGCGCCUUCUUCUUCUCUCGCUCUCUCUCGCUGACCUUCUCCAUUGUCUUGCUCAUCAAGAAGAAACCCACUCACCCUUUGAACCAGUCAAGCCCACCCUGAUAUGUAACCACCGCAUUUCGAACUUCAUCGAGACCCUUAAUUCUUCAGCAUUCAGCUUAUUGUUAUUGGCUUUCAAUCCAAGAAACUUGGGUUCUUAGAUCGGCAAUGGUACUCCCGCUUGUAAAGCUCGGAACUUUGCUCUUAAAAACUAUGAGCAAACCUGUAGCCGCCAGGCUUAAACAGGCAGCUGGGAAGCACCCCAGGUUCCGCCAAAUCAUCGUCAACAUGGCUCAGGCAAACCAUCAAAUCACCACGAAAAUGCAAAGACGCCUCUAUAGUCACGCAACUGAUGUCGAGAUUCGUCCCUUGAAUGAGGAGAAGGCUGUGCAGGCUGCUGUGGACCUCAUCGGGGAGCUCUUUGUCUUCACGGUUGCAGGAGUUGCUCUGAUCUUUGAAGUUCAAAGAAGUGCCAGAUCAGAAGCCAGAAAGGAGGAAGCACGAAAGCAAGAACUGGAGACAAUGAAGCAAAGAGAUGAAGAGUUAUCUAGAGAAGUGGAGCUUCUAAGGAGCAAAUAUGAAGAACUGGAGAAGCUUGCUAAGGGACAAGGACUCGGUGGUAUUUUUAAUUUCAAGCGUGUUGCCGAUACAGAAGGUGCAAAGUCAGUAAAGCCAGCUUGAUCCGGUUACAAGAUAAAUUAAAUAAAUCAUAACAAAAAGAUCUUUAAUUUGUAACGGGGGAAAAUUUCUCCCCUCAAUUCUUUUGACCAUUGAUGAUAAUUUCCGAUUGAUGUCUGGCUUAUAUUUUUGCAGAUGUAGAUGAAUAUAAUUGAAAGAGUUGAGGUUCUGUUUGAACAGAUGUGGGGGGUGUUUAAGUAUGAAUUUAGCUACUUGCUCUUGGAUAA